AUGGCUCUCUCCAGAACAAGCGCUCGCCCCCGCAGCAUACCAUCACGAAGAUCAUUGGCGUUUAUAGUAUCAUGGAGAGCACCCACACCUCUACGUCCAUUGUUUUCCACGCCAAUUCAACCCUCGCAGCAUAGAAAUCUGCCGACGGACUGGCCCACACACAGCUGUGACGUAGAUGCUGAACAAUUACAUCACUACUGCAAGGGUGGAUACCACCCCGUUCACCUAGGUGACUCCUUGAACAAUGGGAGAUACAAGAUCCUACAUAAAUUGGGGUGGGGCGGAUACUCGACCGUCUGGGCUGCGCGCGAUACUAGGAACCAAACGUUUGUCGCUAUCAAAAUAUGGGUAUCCGAGCCAACCCAUAAUAGCCGCGAGUUGACCGCCUUGCGCGCUAUAGUCACCGCACGUUCGAAUAGGCCGGGAUAUCAGUAUUUAAUGACGAUGCAAGAUUACUUCCAGAUUCAUGGUCCAAACGGAACCCAUGAUUACAUUAUAACGGAACGGUUAGGACCAAGUGUAGCUAAUUUUCUCGACGGGUAUUCAGGUUCUGUAAGACUUCCUGGACGGCUCGCUAAGACUAUAGCAAAACAGACCUUAAGUAGUUUGUCCUUUCUCCACGAGCACAAGAUCGCGCAUGCAGAUCUACACACCCGCAACCUAGCCUUCACCCUCCCCACCUCACAUGAGCAAGAUCUCCUCCAAAAGCUAGGAGAACCCGAAACAGCACCAGUCCGACAAACCGACCGCCAGCCCCUCGAACCCAACCAACCCAUCUACUUCGUCCGACCCACUGCCUACCCAAUCAAUCCCAAAACCCCUCUUUACCUCAAUCAAACUCAUCGACUACGUCCCAGCACCCUCUACAUCCCACUCUACUACCGCGCUCCCGAGAUCCUCUUCAACAAUACCCUCAAUCACCGCGUCGACCUCUGGAGUAUGGGCUGUGUCUUGUUCGAGCUCAUCACUGGCCAACCCCCCUUCGACACCUUCCUAAUCACUCCUCCGAUUCUUGUGAGUCAAAUGCUCGAAAUGAGUGGCGAUACUUUACCGGACUGUUGGCAAAAGCAAUGGUAUGCUAUUAAUUCGAAACAACUGAGCGAUGAUGAGGAUCGCUCGUUUCAGAGUUGGUUGGAACAAGAUCUGAGUAAGGAAGAUAUCAUACGUGUUGGGGCGCUAGUCGGCAGCAUGAUACGAUUGGAGCCGUCCGCCAGGGCAUCGGUAAACACCGUGCUGCAAGACGCCUGGUUCCAGGCAUCUUGA